GCGAAGGAGGCGGGACUUGUGGAAACAAUCGCCUAUCUGAUUGGUGGGACUUUCUGUGGGGAUUCCGGGUAGUGUAGUACAGUGUCGCAGAAUUCUGAGAAGAUUAUUAUUAUUAUUAUUAUUAUUAUUAUUAUUAUUAUUAUUUACAUAAACAAAAUUAAACUGGAAUAUUACUGUAUAGUUUAUAUAGGACAGCUGUAGACCGUUCAUCUAUAUAAUUAUUUAUUUAUUUUUCACUUCCGGAACCUGACGUUUUCAACGCGUUGGUUGUUUGUUUUGUUUUUUUUUUGUUAAUCCGGGGAAGCCAGACGUAAGGACGCGCACCCGGUCACGUGACUCGGGUAAAAGGGGAGUCUCUCCUGAGUGUCUAUGUAUGUGUAUCUGUGUUUAUAUCAACGCGUUCACGCGCAGCGGCUGCGCCUAUGCUAACGCUAGCUGCUCUGUAUAUGUUUCGUUUUCGCGUAAACCUCGACGCACAGCGACGCUAAACAACAACAGAAGGCUGUCGUGAUUAGCAAAGAAGGAAGUGCGACAAACGCUGUAGUGUGUGUGUGUGUGUGUGUGUGUGUGUGUGUGUGUGUGUGUGUGUGUGUUUUUAAUCGGCGUCAUGGAGGAGCUGGCGGUGGAAGUGAGGGGCGCGAGCGGGGCUUUCUACAAGGCUUUCGUGAAGGAUGUGCAUGAGAACACCGUCACUGUGACAUUUGAAAACAAUUGGCAGCCAGAGCGACAGAUCCCUUUUCAUGAUGUGCGGUUCCCUCCUCCUGCUGGGGUUCAGAAAGAGAUCACUGAGAGUGAUGAGGUUGAGGUGUACUCCAGGGCUAAUGACAAGGAACCAUGUGGGUGGUGGCAAGCCAAAGUGCGCAUGGUAAAAGGGGAGUUUUAUGUCAUCGAGUACGCCGCCUGCGAUGCCACGCUCAACGAGAUCGUCACGUUAGAGAGGCUGCGGCCCGUGAACCCGAACAAAGCCACCGCGAGGAACCCCUUCCUGAAAAUCCGACUGGACGUUCCAGAAGACCUGCGACAGAUCUGCGCAAAAGACUCCGCUCACAAAGAUUUUAAAAAAGCCGUCGGAGCGUUCAACGUCACGUAUGACUCUGAUAAGAAGCAGCUGGUCAUUCUGUCAGUCAACGAGGUGACUACUAAACGGGCGACCAUGUUGACGGACAUGCACUUCAGGAGCCUGCGCACCAAAAUGUCCCUCAUUCUACGGAACGAAGAGGCCAGUAGGCAGCUGGAGAGCUCUCGUCAGUUAGCGUCACGGUUCCACGAGCAGUUCGUGGUGCGCGACGAUCUGAUGGGUUUGGCCAUCGGCACACACGGAGCCAACAUCCAACAGGCCCGCAAAGUUCCCGGAGUCACCAACAUCGACCUAGACGAGGAGACGUGCACCUUUCACAUAUAUGGAGAGGACCAGGAGGCUGUGCGCAAAGCCAGGAGCUACCUGGAGUUUUCCGAAGAUGUUAUCAGGGUACCCAGGAAUUUAGUAGGAAAAGUCAUUGGGAAGAGCGGGAAGCUGAUUCAGGAGGUCGUGGACAAAUCCGGAGUCGUCCGAGUGAGAGUGGAACCGGAAAACGAGAAGAAAUCAUCUCCGUUGGAGGAGGGCAUGGUGCCGUUCGUGUUUGUCGGGACAAAAGAAAGCAUCUCAAACGCACGCCUACUGCUCGACUACCAUCUCAAUUAUCUCAAGGAGGUGGAUCAGUUGCGAAUGGAGAGGCUGCAGAUUGAUGAGCAGCUACGACAGAUCGGCGGAGGCCCCAGAGCUCCAUCAGGCCGACCGGAGAAGGAAAAACCAUUCAGCUCUGAUAACGGCAUGGGGCAUUCCCGAGGGGGCAAGCCGUUCGGCCGUGGGGGGCGAGGAAGACGAGGGCCUACAUUUGCGUCAGGCACCAAUUCUGAAGCAUCGAACGCAUCCGAGACUGAAUCAGACCACAGAGAUGAGCUGAGUGACUGGUCUCUGGCUCCCACCGAUGAAGAGUCUAUGGGUUACCCCAAACGAGUCCCGGACGGACGAAAGAGGGGCGGCGGUGGCGGCCGGGGACGAGGGGGACGAGGAAGAGGAGGAGGUUACAAAGGUGAGGACGUACACUGGAGUGAGUCACGCCCCCGGAACUCCAGAGACUCCAAGCCAAGGCUGCAGGAGGAUUCACUACAGAUUCGUGUCGACAGCAAUAACGAGAGGAGUGUCCACACCAGCCGAGGCCCUCAGGGGCCCAUCAGCGACUCCGGCGGCCCCCGACAGAGGAGCGUCAAGGAGCGAGGGAUAAAGAAAGACAAGCCGGAAGGGCCAGACAGCCAGGUCGUCAUGAACGGCGUGUCGUAAAUGAAGAUCCCCCCCCCCUCCCCCCCGUGUCUAAUCUCGCAAACAAUUCCACCGUUCCAGAAGCUUCUUUCAUUAGAGACACAUUAGGCCAAAGAGAACCAGGUCAGUAGGGCUUAACGAGGAAAAAAAAAAAAAAGACAUGACAUGACAUCAAGCACAUUUUGUAACUGUUAACGGGGGUACUAGACAAAAAUGUCUCUGCUGUCUCUGAAUUUUGUAGUCUGCAUUGAUUAGAGGUGUCGGUCUCUAAAUCGAAAGUUUUGUAAAUCGACUUUCUAGGCAACUAACAAAGCUGUGGGUGUAUUAAAAAAAAAAAGUGUGGUUUGUUUUUUUUUAUUUUUUUUGAUUUUUUUUGAUUUUUGUUCACAUCAGGGGAACAUCAGAUUUGAUUCAGAUAUGUGUGGGCCAUCUCUUGUGGCAAUUUUUUUUUUUCCUCUACUGUUUGGUGUCUGGUUAUUAUAGAGCCGCCCAUCAUGAUGUGAGGUUCCAGCCACAUUGCUUUAAAAAAAAAAAAAUAAAUAAAUAAAAAAAAUUGACAAGUAGACAUACUCUUAGAUGAUCUGUGCCUUUAACUAGUGGGGAUAGUUUCUGAAUUUGGACUCUUAAUCAGGGAAGACGACAUGGAUUCUGCAUAAUCUCAGCCAGUCAGUUAAAAUAAACCAUGGUGCAUGUACAGUACUACAUGUGAUGUUUUUGCUACAUCUAAAGGGCAACUUUUCAUCAGUUUUUUUCCCCCCCUUUUUUUUUUUUCUUUUUUGGACGGUGUAAAGGUGAUCUCGUCCCAAGUGACGAAGUAAUCGACCACUUGAUGCGAUUUAUAUGGAUGUAUUUCAUUUUCUGAUGUAUUUGAUUUGAUUAAUUUAAAUGAGACACGUUAGCUUUCUAGUGAACCAUCUUUAGCUGCAGUAGUUGUCUUGUUUUCCCAAAACCUUUUUUUUUUUGUUUUUUUUUUUUUUAAAAAAAGUUUCUUUCUCUCUUUUUUUUGGCUUCCUAGUAUGUACCAUCCAAACUUUAAAAGCGAUGCUUACAGGGAGUAGGUGAACUUCAUCCUAAGCCACAUCCUGUCGCCCCGUGUGUUUACUCCACUUUCAUGUUCAGGUGUAAAAAGCACUGAUAUCAGAUAUUGCUGUAAAAGCUUGAUUAUCGGUAACAGCGUAUUGUACAUGACACCCUCGCUGUUAUUUUGACAUUACGGUCGAACUUUUCAAGCGUGCACUUACGUUCCGUGUUCCUCGGCAACUACUUCGUUUUAAAGAUAUCCGCUCGUGACGAGACAGACGAAUCAUGCGUACACCCUCGUCGUAAUGAACAUAACGAACUUUUUUCAUUUUGACUCUGCUGUACUUUUCGCUUAGGGAGGGAAGAUGAAGGAGAUGACAUUGAGUUCGAUAUAAAGCUGUGUUACCUGAUCCGUGCUUGUGCAUUUCCUUUUUAGUUUACAGUUUAGAGGUUUAGAAGAGUGUUCUACACCCAGACUUUUUUCUUUCUUUUCUUCUUUUUUUUAGGUUUGUUUCAGUUCUUUUUCUUUUUUUUUUUGGAAACCUACUGUGACGCUAACCUUUAGUAGUCCUUUUCUCCGCUCUGUACAGCCGUAACAGUUCAUUUAUACCUGCUAUUUCCUGCUAGAACUAUCUUUAACAGUGACGAUAAUUCAGACUUACUUGUUGCAGCUUAAACCACAAUCUUGACCUGAUUUUGCCUGAAUCAACAUCCUGCGACAAAUGAGACAAAAUGUCAGCGAACAUCAGCGUAUAAUGUUAUACAUUAGAAUUGAGCUGUUAAUACAGCUUGUCUGGCUCAAAUGGGCAAGAGGUACUGGAAUCUGGGCAAUAUGAACUACUUUUAAGACACAGCUCUCACCCUAGAUGUCCGGUACUGUCUGCUGUUUCCCUUAUUUAACACACCUACCACGUACCUGAUCAUAAAUAUAAAUAUACUGCACUAUUCUAUUAAAGAUACCGGUGAUCAUCAUCAGAAAUGAAGAUCCCAAACUGUACUUUUCCUUCUCGCUGUGGUGGUACCAUCAAGGCUACGUAACCUCGUGUACCUUUAGUGUGUUUCUUGCACCUGGAAACCUGAAUAUACUAUACCUUUAAAAUAAUUUUAAGGUACAUAACUGGAUCUUACAGAUCAAUGAUGCACCUUUUACUCUUUACUCACCACGUGCCCCAUCCCAGGUAGAACAUAACAUACUACGUCUCACCUCAGCGAUAAGGAAAAGUACCUUUAUUUUUGCAUGAUGUGUCAGUAGUGUAAUAGUGUAAGAGCUUUGUCUGAUUAAAAUUUAAUAAACGAACCUAUAGACUGGCAAAGUUGUGCUAUUGUAGCACACCUCCCCCUAAUUGUUAUAUAAUGGCCGGUUUUAGAGUUGAAAUACUGUAGCACCUUUCUGGUACUUUUGCAGAACAGUUUACCAUCAUAAACAUUAGCUGUUGAAGACAAACACUAGAACCUUAAUAUAUAGAUUUUUUUGUGACAGGUCUGUCUCAGAAUUAAUAACUACUGUUAUUACUUCUACUACUACUACUACUACUUCCACUACUAUCACUGGUAAUUUACCUUUUGUAUUUGCAUUGCAAUUUUAACAAUUUGAAUCAUCUAAUAUGACUACUACUACUACUACUACUACUACUAAUAAUAAUAAUAAUAAUAAUAAUAAUAAUAAUAAUAUAAUAUACUACUAUUAAUGGUAAUAUAAAUAAAAAAAAAGAAAGCUGUUUAAGAGACUAACAGGAUUUUUUUUUGUUUGUUUUAUGAUCACUUCAUCUCAAAUUUUAAUAUUUGUAGUAGUAGUAAUAAAAGUAGUAGUAAUGUUACCAUUAUUAUUAAUACUAAUAAUUAGUAGUAGUAAUAGUAACAUUAAUGGUAAAUUAUUAUUAUUAUUAUUAUUAUUAUUAUUAUUUAGUAGUAGGUGUGUUAAACAGGGAACCUGCCCACUUCUGAUGGAUUCCAAACAGCGAAUGACUGUUGUAAUCACCUUUUGAGAAGUUUCCUCUCAGUCUCUUUACGCAAAACUCAUACAAGGCUCAAUUUGUGACAGUCUGUUAAUGCACAGUUUUAAAUAAAAAUAAUAAUAAUAAUUAAAAAACUGUUCUGAAAAUCGUGUUGCCAAACAGACUGUUUCCUAGUUAUUUAUUUUUCAGACUGUGUGAGUUUACAAAAACACCAAAAUUUCAUCUCUCGCUCAUAUUGUAGGCUGUUGUGAAAAAUAAGUAAAAGCAUUUUUAAUAAAAGAAGAUAUAAUUAAUCAGACAGGAGAAAAAAAAUAAUAAAAAAACAAGAUAAACUGUAGAUACUGAACCAAGGUAGACUGACCUUGUAUGUUACUGCACUUUGGGUAAGAGUUUCUUUGUACAUAAAUAGCAAGACAGACUGGGUUUUAUGUUGACAUUGUUUGGUUAUAGUGCAAUAUAUUUUGUAUGCAAGCAGUUUCAAUAAAUAAAGGUUGAUCUUCCUCUGCAA